AACCCACGUUUCAGUCCGUCGCGUGUGUUGCUACGGCUCGUAUUGUGCACCUUUCUCCGCCACCGCCGCCGCCGCCGCCGCCACCGCAGUGCUCUCUCGGUACUCUCGGAAGAUCUUUCUCUCUCUCUCUUUCUCUCUUUCACGGGGCGGGGAGGAUAAUGCCGUGAUGCCGUGACGCCGUGAGAGGAGCGCACGCGAGAGUCACGCGUACACAUACGUGACGAGAGGAGGAGAGGAGGACCGGGGCGGUGGUGCGCGAGUCCCACGCGAUCGUGGCCCGCCGAGGGGGCGAGAUGACGUCUCGACGGAGCGCCGCGCGACCUCGUCGCUCGUCGCGGAUCGCCGCUCCUCGCGCGUAAACCUAAAUUCCCGCUCUCGUGAAAUUCCCGUCCGGCCGCGACGUCGAUAUCGGAUCUCGUCCGCGCGUCCCCAAUCACCAAAUUCACUCCUCCCCUCUCCCACCUCCCCCGAAGCGUCAAACGGCGAGACAACGCGAGACACGGCGGUCCGACGAAACUCGCGGAAACUCCGAAUUUCCACGUAGCGCAAAGUGAAACUCGUCCCGCGGGACGAAAGUCGCGGAAUUCCGAGAUUGGAAUUUAAAUUCUUCACGGCGGAGAGAAAUCGUCGUCGAGACGAGAACCGCGCGAACCGAAGGAUGCACGUGAUCCUAUUUAACGCUACAUUCGAUCAGAAUAUGUCGCGCAAGUCUUUAAAAGGCAAACGAGGGGAAAAGGUCGAGCACGCUGCAGCGACUACACCGCUCCGCUGAUGGCCGAGAGAUGACUAUGCUCUCGCUGGCGAGGGAGAGAGAGAGAGAAUGAGAGAAAGAAAGAGGGAGGGAGAGAGAACGAUCAGCCUAUUAUCAGCCAGCUUCGUAAAUGAAGCGAGAUUGAUCGGAUAAAAAUAACCGGCGCGCGGCACAAAAAAAAACCCUGAGAGGGAUCACGUGGCGGGAAUGCGCGCGAGGUGCACUUUGCGGCGGCGGCGACUACUACGCGAUCGUCAAGACCGUGCGUGGAACCCCGUGGGCUGACUUCCGGUCCGGCAAGGGCUUCCGCCGCCGCGCCGCGCCGCUCCGGAUAUGCACGCGGGGAUUGCGCCGCUGAGUGAUGACGAUUGGCGAGCGAAUUGUCCGUAACAAGACUGGAUAAUGACGGAUUCCCCGACACCGUCGACCAGCAGACAUCACGAGGACAAAUGCGAAAAGCACGAGAGAUCCGAUAAGUCGGUGUUACUGCAUAUCCAGGACAUAAACAGCCAGGUAGCGCAGUUCCGCGAUUUGCUAAUUAACAUCGGGCAGCCGCGCGACUGUCCGGAGCUGCGCGAAAAAAUACGGAAGCUGCGCCGUAGCUGCGUGGAGGCCUGCAAGAGCACAUCUCAACUGGUACUGCCGCACGUGCAAAGCGCCAUGGACGUCGGAAUACCAGUCGACAGUCCGAAUCUGGUGCUGCUGUUUUACGUGGUGCAACUGUUCUUACGCGAGCUGCACAAGAGUAAAAACCUCAUACAAAUCAUACCCAUGGACAUGUCCGGAUAUUACGAGAACCGCGCCGGUCCCUCGUAUAUCGGCAAUGUGGUCUCGCAGAUCCUCCUGUGCAAACAGAUUAGGCCGGACUUCAACGAGGAGGAGCUCUGCAGCAUCCGAAAGGACUCGGAAGAGAUCGGCCAGCUGAUAGCGGAGCUGCAAGAAUUUAUGCCCCAAUCCGAGGCUGACACGGAGAAAACCGUGGCCCUUCACAACCCUGGGAACAAAAUCAAUCGGAACAACGGAACACGGAGGAUGCACCGAUGGAGCAGCAACAGAGACCGGCAAUCGUCCUACUUCCGCAACGGUUUCAGAUUUCUGUGCUGCGCCGCGAGCACUAAUUACGUUUAACGUAACAUAUAUAACUCAUCCCGAUUCAUUAAAACGUUAAUAUAGUUCCGAUUAUGUGAAUAAUUAAUCCGCAUUGAUAUUUUCAGCAGUGAUUUCAACGCUAAAACUCCCUAAAAUAAAGCUAACCGGAAUCGACGGCGCUUCGGCUCGUAAACGAAUCGCGGCGUGGGAAGUCGCGUUUAUGAAGUACCCAGAGAAAGGCGUAGUUAAUAGUUUAGCGAUUUAUUUUCGAGGUGAACUCAAACUCCCGUCACUUUCGACGAAACUUUAAUAUCGCGCCCUCCUUCAUCUACCGUAAUUUCUCAACUAGUUUCCGCAUCAUUAAUACACGUCUCUCUUGGGACACUCUUUAUGAAAGACAACGGAUAAAGAACGUCGCAACGAUAAAGUCGGGAGAUAUAUACUUCGAGGCCUAACCGAAAGGCCUAAACUUGUCCCGCUUGGAGAAAGAGAGAGAGAGAGAAAAAAAAAAGAGAGAGAGAGAGAUCUUUGAAGCAAACUUUUAACGCACGUGCAGCCGGUGACAAUCAAAGUAGAAGCGCUCGGUAAUUAUUAACAAAUCGCGUCGCGACGGACUACACGGGCAAGCAGAUGACGGGGGCGGAUGAGGGAAAAAAAAGGAGAAGGCAUCUUAGCACUCUUUUACGUCUCUCAGCAAGAAUUCUAGUGGCACUCGAUACUGCUCCCAUUUUUUCGGACGUCCUUCUUAUAGUCUCUCUCCUAAGAACUCGCUCUGCCCCAUUAAAUUUUCAAGUCGCGGAGACAAAAGGGCAGCCGUUGUCGAGAAGCCCUUUAUUCAAGUCCACUCCACGAUCGUUUCAUCAAUCCCGCGUGGUAUGAUUGCUCGGAUAUCUAACUUAAACUUCUCCCAAAUCGUAUUUCUUACACCCAGAAAAAUAUCAUUCUCAUGCUAAGAAAAGCGAUUACUCAAGUUUUGUUGUUUUCUACUCCUAAAUGACGAUUAUCUUUACAAACAAUAUUCUCUUGAUAAUAAUCUUAAAAUACAUUCGUUCACUUGAAGCAAGUAAUAUUGACGGAAAAUCAAGUUCACACGAAGCGUACACACGAAAAAAACAUAAACUGUAAAUUACUUGAAUUAAAUAAUGGUUUUUAAAAAUAUUUUUUAGUUCACAUUUCCGCAAAUCUAGUUCAUAAGUAUCAAAUUUAUUUAAAAUAUAUUCUCGGAAUCCUAGUAAUGUAAUAUUACAAAAAUAUUAAAUUAAAACAAAAAUUCGAGAUUUGCUCAUUACUCUGAUUUUUCUCCGAUAAAAUUUUACAAUAUUAUGCGAAACAGUAUAAAUUCUUUAUUAUGAGUAUAUUUUAACACAGUUAAGAAAGAGACAAUUAACACAGUUAAGAAAGAGAGAGAGGGAGAGAGAGAAUAUUAUUUGUUAAAGAUAACUUAUUACUUGCUAGAAAAAAAGUGAAUUAGAUAAUCACUCUUCUUGGCAAUAGAAUCGAAUAUUAUUCUGUGUAUACGAUAACGAAUUCUCUCAGUUUGUCGCGUUUAGAUCUGUCGUUCGUGUCAAAUUUAAUAAUCGAGGAUCUUCGACAAAGGUAAUCGCACGUAAUCAAAACUAGCUUGUAAUCUCCGUUUCCGGGGGGGGGGGGGAGGGGGAGGUCCCAAAAUUCCCCCGAACGGAAAUCUAGACGAACGCAUUUUCGAAUAUAUUAUCAGAGUAAAUCGCGUCUGUGUCGUGUCAAAGCGAGUAGAUUGUACGUUGUGGAGCAAUUAUAAUAUCCUAGCGUAUUUACAAGUGAGUGGACCAACCUCGAUCUAUUUAUAAUGCGCGACGGGCGCGCACGCAUUGUAGCUCUAGGUACGCGCGUUUCGCAUCUCGCGUAUAUAUAUGUAUAUAUAGAGAUUGUCUCUCUCUACAAAGCAAUACGUAGGAGUAUACAUGCGGAGCAACAUUGCGCAACUAAGUUAUAUAUAUAUAUAACUUAGUUGCGCACAGCCGUUCAUACAUUUCUCUCGCAUGAAAUGUACAGCUGGAAGCACAGCCGUUACCUUGUGACUUUAACCCUAAACAGUAUCGUUAUUCAAUAAAAAUAAAAUAGAGACGAGGGGUAAGACGCCUAUUCAGCUUUAACGAUCAGUUUUGUUCCGGAAGGUUCCCAAGUAGCGCAUGCUGCUUGAUCCUCGCAUAACGGUACCUCCUAAACGGUUGUAAAACACCGAAUGCGUUUAGGAAACGUGGUACGCAAAACGUGCUCUGGACCAGCGCGCGCUACGCCCGGGAGCUUAAAUUGGGAGCAAUAAUUCGCGCUUUAAUUCGAAAUGGCAAAUCUAGAUAUCGCGAUGCAAAAGGGAUAUUUUUGUAUUUCCACGCAAAUAGAACGUUACUGUUUCGGGUUAAUAGCGAUGCUGCUGGAUGCGAGCCGGCCGGCGGGCGUCUGUGAACUGUGAAGAAAGAACAAAAAAAAAAAGGGAAGAGGAAGAGAGAUCGAUACUAUGGGAGCGUCAAACAACCGUAUACAUUUACGACCGCAAUAAUAUAAUGUAAAAAAAAAAGGAUAACGAGAUAUUUUGUUACUUUCCCUUUUUAUCUGAAAUAUUCCGACAUACUUUUUAAAAAAAAAACGACUGCACACCUUUGAGUCUCUCCCGGUGUUAAUUGUUAUUACGUUUCACCAAGGGAUCCAUACGUGAUAUCUCGAACGUUCCAUAGUAACUCGAUUGAGCUGUUACGUAUGCAAAUUAGACGUAAGAUCGUACUCGUGUACGCGCAACAGGAGAGAGUGACUAUUUUAUAUGAGCGUUGCGCGGAAAGAGAGGCGGAAAAGUGACGGCAGGGCGCUCGCGGAGGAAUGACCACGUCCUGUUUCUUCUCCUAUUCCAAGCGACGCGAGAUUACGUACGUUCGAUUAAAAAUUACACAUAUCAAUCGUGAUCGAGGCCGAGGAGAAACAAAAGAGGAAGAGGCGUCCCCGGCGAACAUUUUUCUUAGGACCCUUCAUGCAAUUAUUUCCGCGUAGAUUUUGGAUCUGUUCUGUAAUUUUGUGUCCUCUUCUCGGAAACUCUCUCGGAUUCUUUCUUUUUUUUUUUUUUAAAUACAAAUUGAAUCGCUUUUCAGAAGUGCUGAGGAAGUCUGCAGUCUCUUCCGGAAUCCCUUAUAUUAUGUAAAUUUCUCUGAAAUAUUUUAAGACUUCUAAGACUUCUCGUUCUAUAAUGUCCGAAGAGAAUUUAAGAAUAAGAUCCCCGACGAGGUUUAGGAUAAUUUUUUCAGAAAUCCCGAUGAAUUUAAAAUAUAAGAAAUUCUUAAAAAAAAAAAACGUCGAGAAGAAACAUUAUGAGAAUUAUUUUCGCCGGGGACAAUCGGCAACCCGAUCGAGUCGUUUACCUAAUAAUCGCUAGCCUCGGGAUGUCGGAGUUGUGCGUGGAAUUAACGAUCAAUUCGAAUCGUUCCUUCACUUUUCGAGAGGUGACCGUCGGCAUCGUCCGGAUCCGCCUCCGGCAAGACGAUCGCCGCCUCUCGAAUUGGCGACUCGAUUUAUCUCUCUCUGCGUUCCUUUAGCGUCCUAUCGCGGGUAAAAAGGGGACCGAAACUACUACUAUAAAUAUAUAUUUCACUUCGUCGAAUUUUACGUUGAGGGAACACUAUUGAAGAAGAGGAAGAAGAAAAAAAAAAGAAAGAUAUUAGCGCUGAUAUUGUCGUAUUUUUAGGCGAUAGAGAAGAGGAAAAAGUAUGAGCGCGGUUAGGAGCCGACUCGGGCUCGUAAAAUGGCGCAAAUAGCGAAAUCAAAUUAAGAUGAAAUAUAAUGUAUCACGUUGACGAAAUAAAUUUGACUCGUUCGAAACGAA